AUGGCCUUCCUAAUGAAAAGUAUGUUGAGCAACCAGGUAAAGAAUUUGGGACUUGGAGGCGGAGGGGAAGAAAACAAGGAAGAAAGCACUCCUUCUGACCCAGCAGCCGCUGCAGGAAUGACCAGAGAGGAGUAUGAGGAAUAUCAAAAGCAAGUGGUUGAGGAGAAGAUGGAAAGAGAUGCAGCCUUUGCACAGAAAAAGGCAGAGAGAGCCUGUCUGAGGGUUCAUCUGAGAGAAAAGUACAGACUCCCUAAGAGUGAAUUGGAUGAGAAUCAAAUACAGAUGGCUGGAGAUGAUGUGGGUUUGCCAGAAGACCUUCAGAAGAUGGUGGCAGAAGAUCAGGUGGAAGAAGAGGACAAGGACUCUAUCCUGGGACAGUUGCAGAAUAUUCAGAAUAUGGACAUGGAUGCGAUCAAAGAAAAGGCACAAGCCACCUUCACUGAAAUGAAACAGGCUGCUGAGCAGAAGUGUUCUGUGAUGUAGAAGAGGCACUGCUAUCCCAGGGCUGUGAAUUCAACCUUGUCUCACGGGAGUGGGGGGUGAGGGCAGGCAGAAGAAUGCACUUAGCUCUAUAGCAGUAAAUGUAAAUAUAAAAGAGAGGGAGAGAGACUUUAAAACCUCCAGGGGGUCAAAAAUUAAGUGCUGUGACUUGCUUAGUGCAAAGUUAGAAAUGAUCCUAAUUUUUUAACAUGACAUUUUUCCAUGGGAAAAAGAUGGCUUAAAAAAAAAAAAAAAGGGGGGGGGGGAAAGAUGUGCCUUUUUCCAUUUUUUCAAACUGAUCAAAAUGCUACUAAAUGUGUAUUUUGUAAUUAAAAUUGUGCUUCUGUUGCAUAACAUAUAGGUAAUCACUCAUUUAAUACUGCUUUCAGAAGGAAAUAUAUAUAUAUAUAUGUAAUAAAAUGUCUGUUUCAAACAUUUUGAAAGAAAACCAAUAUUCAAAUGUUGAUGUUUUUUGCAAAACUUUUUUUUUUUUUAAAAAAAAAAAAAGGUUUUGAACACCUCUGUACUACAUAUAAAAAAGCAUAAAAUGCUAUAGCUUGGGACAAUAAGGUCAUUGUACAUAGGAAUGAGUGGGACUUUGCAGGAAACCAAGGCUUGGUAAGCUAUCAGUGAACCACGAACAACAAGCAAUGCAGACUCUUCCAGGCUGCUCCAGUGUCGCAUCCUGCUGGUCUUCAAAUGCAGCUCAAAUCUAAGCUGUCAGCACUGCCCCUCUGCUUGGCUUCUGUGUGAGCCAAAUUCUGGGGCUUGAAUACCAGCAUGUAACUUGUAUAGUUCACUGCAUUUACUCUAGAAGUUAGCUCCAGGCAGAGGUAAACAUAAACCUGGCCUCCCUGGCAGACUAUGCCCAGGCAGUGCACCCAAACCAUGAGAAAAAGUGUGUCUUUCACUGGUGUUGAAUGACUGAGUCCGCAGGACAAGCCAGACCCAUUUCAACAGCCUUAGGUUCAGGACCAAGCAAAAUUUUUUUUAUUAUUUUUUUUUUUUUCCUGUGGAGAAGCUAAGCGGGUGCUGACCCGACAGCUCCCACUCCCCAGCAAGGGGGACUGAUACUGGGUAACAGCUAGAGCAGCCCAGCCCCACAUGAGCACCCAGCUGGCUGCCUGUGCCACUGGCCCAGAGACCCGAGCAACCUGGGCCAGCACAGGGCACCUCUCUGGCCCUGUGCUUAAGGCAGAUGUGAACAUCGAUCUGUCUCUGCACUUGCACGGCAAUGAGUUACCAUGCAUGCUAAUCCAUACAGGGGCCAUACUGCUCUAACACAUGGCUGAUGCAUACCAUGCUGCUCAUGA